CUAUUCUCACGGGGGGGUCAGAGAUGACCACCAGGUUAUUUGUUGCAAACCCCUCUCGCUAGGUAGGUAGCAGCCAUGCCUCUCAGGAAUCUCUGGCUUCUCCUGCUCCUCCUGCUCCUACUCUUCCACCCAAUUUCUAUGGAAAUGGGGCCUGCAGAGGGGCACAACUACCCGGUGGUGGUUAGCACCUGGCCCUUCGUGGAGGCGGUGAGAGCCGCUUGGAGGUCGGUCAACGAUCGUGGACUGUCGGCGGUCGAUGCCGUGGUGGACGGCUGCUCUGCAUGCGAGGAGCUGCGGUGUGACGGCACGGUUGGACCUGGUGGCAGUCCAGAUGAGAAUGGAGAAACUACAUUAGACGCUCUUGUUAUGAAUGGGGCAACAAUGGAGGUUGGAGCUGUGGCUGCUAUGAGAUAUGUGAAGGAUGGCAUUAAAGCUGCAAAGUUAGUUAUGGAAUACACUGAACAUACUUUGCUUGUUGGAGAGAAGGCCUCAGUCUUUGCUAUUUCAAUGGGUCUUCCGGGACCUACUAAUCUCAGUUCGCCAGAGUCCAUUGAGAAAUGGAUUAAGUGGAAAGAGAACAAUUGCCAGCCUAACUUCCGGAAAAAUGUCAUUCCUGCAAGCGGCUGUGGUCCUUAUCAUCUUAGUAAUGCUGCAUCAACGGCAGUUGAGAACUCUUGUAGACUUUCCAAGGGCAGGAUUGAUGAGGGGAAAUGGCCUGGAGGAAACAAUCUUUUGAGUCUUGAGUCAAAUUCCAAAUUGAUAAAUCUCCAUAACCAUGACACAAUCUCCAUGGCUGUAAUUGAUAAAGUAAAUGGGACAUAUAGCGUGGGGACAUCGACCAAUGGUGCUACAUUUAAAAUCCCUGGCAGGGUGGGUGAUGGCCCUAUUGCAGGAUCAUCAGCAUAUGCUGAUGAUGAAGUUGGUGCUUGUGGUGCAACUGGAGAUGGUGAUAUCAUGAUGCGCUUCCUUCCAUGCUAUCAAGUCGUCGAGAGCAUGCGGCGAGGAAUGGAACCUGAGGAUGCUGCAGCUGAUGCAAUAGCAAGAAUUGCCCGCAAAUAUCCACAUUUUGUUGGAGCUGUUUUUGCCCUCAGCAAGAGUGGCAAACAUGCAGGAGCUUGUCAUGGGUGGACAUUUCAGUACUCGGUGAGAAAUCCCAGCAUGGAGGAUGUGGAAAUAUUCACAGUGGUGCCUUAGAGAACAACAGAAAAGGCCAACAAUAAUGAACUUGGACGUCAUUGUGGUACCUUUUUCCCUUGCAUUGGGAAAUAGCCAAGCGCUAAUGAGCUUGUUACUGCUUUCUCAUUAUUUUGAAAAAAAGUUUGUCCAUCUAUGUCAGAUUCAGUUGCAGGCUCAUCAUCCACACAAGCAUGAACAGUGCCAAGCCUUGUCCCAUUUGUACAGGGAUGACAAGAUUCUUAUGUAUGUUGUGGAACAAUGCUUCUAAUGAUUACUAGCCAAAAUAAUUUUAAUUUCUGAUUAAACU